GAGGAGAACAUUUUUAAAAAGUAUCGUAGAAAGAAACUACACGAAGUAACAUAAAAUGUAAAAAAGUCCAUGAGAAAGUUCUCCAAAAGGAUGUUCUAGUGUGUCUAUACGACAUUCUAGUGUCUCUAUAAGACAUUCUUGUGUCUAUAAGAUGUUCUCGUGUCUACAGGACACUCUAAUAAUAAUCAUGGAUUAGAUUUAUAUAGCGCUUUUCAAGGCACUCAAAGCGCUUCACAAUAAAUCCAUUAUUCAUUCACUCACACAUUCUCACUCAGCGGUGGUAAACUACAUUUGUAGCCACAGCUGCCCUGGGGCAGACUGACGGAAGCGUGGCUGAUAAUCUGUGCCUACAGCCCCUCUAGUGUCUUUACAGGACAUUCUAGUGUCUCUAUAAGACGUUCUAGUGUCUCUAUAAGAUGUUCUAGUGUUUCUACAGGACAUUCUGGUGUCUCUACAGGACAUUCUAGUGUCUCUACAGGACAUUCUGGUGUCUCUACAGGACAUUCUAGUGUCUAUCAGACGUUCUAGUGUCUCUAUAAGACGUUCUAGUGUCUAAAAGAUCUUCUAUUUUCACAAGAUGUUCUAGCAUCUCUACAAGACGUUCUAGUGUAUAUAAGAUGUUCUAGUGUCUCUACAAGACAUUCUAGUGUCUACAAGACAUUCUAGUGUCUACAGGAUGUUCUAGUGUCUCUAUAAGAUCUUCUAGUGUCUACAGGAUGUUCUAGUGUCUCUACAAGACGUUCUAGUGUCUAUAAGAUGUUAAAAUGUCUACAGGACAUUCUAGUGUUUCUACAGGACAUUCUAGUGUCUCUAUAAGACGUUCUCGUGUCUAUGUGAUGUUCUAGUGUCUACAGGACAUUCUAGUGUCUCUGCAGGGCAUUCUAGUGUCUACAAGACAUUCUAGUGUCUCUAUAAGACGUUCUACUGUCUACAAGGUGUUCUAGUGUCUACAAGACAUUCUAGUGUCUCUAUAAGAUGUUCUAAUGUCUACAGGACGUUCUAGUGUCCCUACAAGAAAUUCUAGUGUCUACAAGACGUUCUAGUGUCUCUAUAAGACAUUCCAGUGUCUACAAGAUGUUCUAGUGUCUACAAGACAUUCUAGUGUGUCUAUAAGACAUUCUAGUGUCUACAACAUGUUCUAGUGUCUAUAAAACGUUCUAGUCUCUAUAAGAUGUUCUAAUGUCUACAGGACGUUCUAGUGUCUCUACAAGAUAUUCUAGUGUCUACAAGACAUUCUAGUGUGUCUAUAAGACAUUCUAGUGUCUACAACACGUUCUAGUGUCUAUAAAACGUUCUAGUGUCUCUAUAAGAUGUUCUAAUGUCUACAGGAUGUGCUAGUGUCUCUACAGGACGUUCUAGUGUUUACAGGAUGUUCAAGUGUCUACAGGAUGUUCUAGUGUCUCUACAGGACGUUCUAGUGUUUACAGGAUGUUCUAGUGUCUACAGGAUGUUCUAGUGUCUAUAAGACGUUCUAGUGUCCAUUUAGUAGUAGCUGUCUGGAGGUACUGAAUUUCCCUUCGGGGAUAAAUAAAGUUCUUGUGUUGUUCUAAACCUGAACAUCUCUGUUUUCCUGUCUGUCUCUCCUCCUCCUGUCUGUCUCCCCUCCUGCUGUCUGUCUCUCCUCCUCCUGUCUGUCUCCCCUCCUGCUGUCUGUCUCUCCUCCUCCUGUCUGUCUCCCCUCCUGCUGUCUGUCUCUCCUCCUCCUGUCUGUCUCCCCUCCUCCUGUCUGUCUCUCCUCCCGUCUGUCUCUCUGUUGGAGGAGGAGAUUCUGAGUGUUGCUGCAGAACCAGAGAGAGAGCGGUGGAGACGCAGCAGAGAGAUUUAAAGAAACAACGGAGCAGAACACGGAGAACACGGGAGGAGAACAGGAGAGGAGAACACGGGAGGAGAACAAUGAACCAACAGCAGCUUCAUCAGCUGACCCAGUCCAGGUGAGGGGUGGUGGGCGGGGCUUAAUCCGCUGAGCCCUGUCUGAUUGGUGGGCGGUGAUGAUCGCGACAGGCGGCCUGCUGAGAAUAAACGCACGGAGACAGGAUUCACUGAGGUCCAAACCACACAAAGCUCACACACACAAGAGGAAGAGCAAGAAGAAGAGGAGGAGUGAGGUGGUGGUGGUGAAGGGGAAGCUGAAGCUGUGUUCGUUGUCGGGCCUGGUGGCGGCGCUGGGCGUGCUCGUCCUGCUGGUGGGCGUGGUCAUGGCGGCUCUGGGCUACUGGCCUCGGGACGGACUGUUCUUCAGCACCCGACCUCAGGAGGGCGCCGCCAUGGCCUCCGUGUCCUCCAGCAGCCCUACACCUGCAGCCCAGAUGGAUGGAGAAGAAGCUGAAGGAGCUGAAGGACCUGAAGGAGGAGCUGAUGAAGGCUUCAACCAUACAGAGAUCUUCAACGGAACCCAACAGCUUGCACGAGGCUUCCUGGAAGAUUUCCUAGACAGGUAUCUGUACUCUGAUAGGCUGAAGGUCUUGGGUCCUCUCAUCAUGGGAAUCGGGAUCUUCCUCUUCAUCUGCGCCAACGCCGUCCUUCACGAGAACCGUGACAAGAAGACGAAGGUGAUCAACCUGCGGGACAUCUACUCCACCGUCAUAGACCUCCACAGCCUCCGCAAACCCAAUACCUCCUCAGGCUCCGCCCCCCGCUCCUUGGCAAAUCCCCUCAAUGGCCUCAUCAACUACGUCCAGUCAAAGAGCCUGGAGGCCAAACCGCGGGCGUACCCUGCCUCCCUGCUGGGCCGGAGGGAACCGGUCAAUAGCAGAGAAGGAGGUGGUGAGGGAGGCGACGGCGUCUUCAGCAUCUACCAGCAGAAGCAGGAGGCUCCUCCCCCCUCCUCCUCCUCCCACAGACUCUCCCUCCCCCAGAGCUGUAGCCCCUCCCACCUGCCCUCCCCCCUGCAGGAGGAGGCGCUCGGCUCCGACUCCCAGAGGAGGCACUCGGCUUGGGCUGGGACCGGCCGGCGCUGGGGGGGAGGAGGGGAGGACCUGAGGAGAGAGGGGAGAGGUGACGGACAGGAAGAGGAGGAGCGAGGGGAGGCACCACUUCCUGUUUGCGCCUCCACCCCUCCCCCACGCCGAUGCCUCCAGGCCUCCUGCAGCUCCUCCAGCCUCCACAGGGGGGCACCGGGACGCUUCUCCUCCUCCUCCCUCACCCCCUCACACCUGUCGCUGUCCUCCCUGUCUCACCUCCUCUCCUCCUCCUCGCCCACGCUGGCCCCGCCCUGCAGGAGGCGGAGCCUGCCCACUGCCGGCGCCGUGGCGGGUUACAGCAAGCUGCAGGGAGAGGACGUCAUCACAGGUGGUGACAUCACAGGGCGGGGGUCUGAGGUCACAGGUGGUGACAUCACAGAGGAGCUUCUCCAACAGGGACAAGCUGAGGAUGAUCUCACAGCUGGACUCUGGGCAGGAGGAGGAGGGCUGAGGACCAAUCAGAGACUCACAACACAACUCUGAGGUCAUGUGACUUUAACGACAUUAGCAACAUGGCGACGUUCUUGUGAUGUCACAAACAGACGGACAAGAUGGAGGCUGCCAUAGCAAGGCGAGGAGUCCAGACCAGAGACAGCACAACAGCCACCAGCUCAUUAAUAUUCACCAACCAGCUCAUUAAUAUUCACUAACCAGCUCAUUAAUAUUCAUUACAGCGCAUUAAUAUUCACCAAUCAGCUCAUUAAUGUCCAUUAGUCGACUCAUUAAUAUUCAUUAACCAGCUCAUUAAUAUUCAACAAUCAGCUCAUUAACGUUUGCCUUCCGGCUCAUUAAUAUUCAUUAAUCGGCUCAUUAAUAUUCAUUAAUCAGCACAUUAACAUUCGCUGAUUGGCUCAUUAAUAUUCUCUGAGGUGUUGGUUCUCAACCUAUGGCCCGGGGCCCUCUGGAGGACGAGGUGAUCCACUGCAGGAAGUUCCGCUGCAUUCUGUGGUUCUCUGGUUUCUGAGAGGAACGACUGUAGAUUUGGAACCAGAGCUCUGCCUUAACUCGGGAUCAGCCUGGGUUCCUAUUCUGAACAUUCGUGUUUCAUCCGUGGGACUCCUGUCUGCUCUCACCUCCACUUACGUUUCAGCUUUUGUAAUAUUUAGCGGAAUGCUUUGAAUUUUUCAGGUGAAACGUUUAGGUGAAGCUCCAGAACUCCUCCUGGGACUACUUUCCCCUGCGGAGGGCUACGCUCCGGCUGUGGACUCUGACUGGACAGACUGACUCCCACCUGACCACGAUACCAGGAAGUAGUCGGCUCCAUUUUAACUCCGGAAGCUUUAAUGUUUUACUUGAACACAGAGGACCUGAGCUCAAACUGAACCAUCAGAGGACAAUUCAAAGGGCUGAAUUUACUUCUUUAGUCCAACUGCACUCUGGGAGAUGAAUGUACCUGAGGACAGGUGAGAACAGGUGAGGAUGGGUGAGUAAAGUUGUAGCUUCACAACGUCUUCUGCUCAAAGCUGAACCUGCUUCAUGUAAACAGCUUCAUGUAAACAGCACAAUAUCAGACGAUCACGCUAAAAUCAAGAAACCUGAAUAAAGCACAUUUUAUGGGUUUAUUGUCACCUCAUCUUUGAUUCUGAACCACAACUCCCAGUUUAGUCCAGUAUAACCUGGUGUUUACUCCCAGUUUGGUCCAGUAUAACCUGGUGUUUAUUCCCAGUUUGGUCCAGUAUA